AUGUUGUUAGACGCUGAGACUUUGAGGAAGACGACUGAGAUUCAUCCAGAAGUCCUAGAAUUCGCGAAGGCUAACCCGAGUCCGCCGAUGGAUUGGGGUGAUUUGAAAGGUUUCCGGGAGAGAAUGGAUAGCUUUGUGCUCAGCGAAGAAGGACGUGCAAUGCUGGAACCGCCCGAAGCCGGGAUCAUAGAAGAAACAAGAACCAUCCCUAUGAGAGACGGUUUCCAGAGUACCAUUAAGAUCCACCGGCCGAGACAUCCUCCUUCUGCUGGCAGUCCGCUUAUUGUCUUCUUCUUCGGUGGUGGAUUUAUUACUGGAAGUGUAGACCAAGGUACGCCGUUUGCUCGUGCUUGGACUAGGCUGUUCGGUGCGACAGUUGUCUGUCCUGCAUAUUGUCUAGCACCAGAACACAAAUUCCCCACAAGCCAAUACGACGCAUGGGACUCAGUUGCAUGGCUCGACUCGCACGCCACUGAACUCGGAGCGGACCCCAAACUCGGCUUCAUCGUCAGCGGCAUUUCUGCCGGUGGAACCUGCGCCUCUGCAGUUGCGACACACGCCAUUGAGCACCAGCUCACGAAUCCCAUUACUGGGCAGUUUCUCAACGUUCCGUCCCUGAUGAAUAAGGAGGGUUGUCCGGAGAAGUAUCAACCUUAUUUUUUGGCGAACGAGCAAAACAAGGAAGAUCCGAUUUCGCCCACGGAUGCGUUGCGGAUAAUUGCUGGGUAUACAGGGGAAGAUCCAGCCUCCCCCUGGCGGUUCCCAGUAUACACCAAAGCCCCACUGGCACAACAGCCUCCAGCGUACAUCCAAGUCGACGGCCGGGACCCACUGCGUGACGACGGCCUGAUCUGGGAGGAGAUGUUGAAGGAAGCUGGUGUUCCGACGAAGAUUGACCUGUAUCCUGGAUGUCCGCACGCACAUGCGGCUUUCAUGCCGGGUAUGGAUGUGAGCAAUAAAGCCGUGGCCGACCAGAUGGUUGGUGUGGGGUGGUUGCUGGGCAGGACGGUGACGGCAGAGCAGGGGUUGGCUGCGAUGAGGUCUUUGGCUUGA